AUGUCCCAACCAACCCUAACAGUGACCUACUCCUCCCCGACCAACGCCCCCUUCUCCCACACCACACCCCUCUCAGCAAUCGCAACUGCGGACAAAACCACCCACCUCAACUCCCUCCGCGCUGCCAUAACCGACCUCCAAACCAGAAUCAACACCGAGCUAACGCAGCGCAUGGACGAAGACAAGAUUGCCGCGGAACAAUUGAAGGAGGGGCAAGUGGAGGAGGCGCAGCAUAAGGUGAAGAGGGCUAAGAGCGAGAAAGUGGAUGAGGAUGCUGAGGAGGAAAAUUAUGGAGAGGAGGUUGUGGAGGAGGACUGA